CUGUGGGGAAAUAAUAACCAACUUUUUUUAUUUCUUCUCUUUAAAUUUCCCCCCUUUCUUUAUAAGGAUGACCAUUAAAGCUGUUAUUUUUGAUAUUGGUGGAGUAUGUGUUGGAUCUCCCAUGGCAGGUAUUCAUCGAUAUGAGCAACAACAUGGAUUGCCCAGAAAUUAUAUCAAUGUUGCCAUCGUACAACAAGGUGAACAUGGAGCUUUCCAAAAAUUAGAAAGAGGAGAGGUUAAACUUGAUCAGUUUUAUAAGGACUUUGGAUCACAGCUGUCCCACCCGACCAAUAAAAAGCAUUACAAGACCUACCUCCAAAAAUCCGGAAAGGAUGCUCCAGACAAUAUUCCAGAUAUUUCUGUAGAUGGCAAAGAAUUGUUUGCUACAAUGAUGUCAGAAACUGCCAGAUUAGACGAGCAUAUAUUUCUUGCUAUCCAGAAAUUGAAAGAAAGCGGUAAAUUUAAACUAGCUGCAUUGACCAACAAUUUCGAUUUGCCCGAGGAUGACCUGAAAGAGGCCGAGGCCAUGGGAGCGUCUGCAGCAGCUGAACUUCGCAAAUUGUUUGAUUACUUUAUUGAGUCUCGACUCAUUGGUUUAAGAAAACCAGACCCCAAAAUUUAUCAUUAUGCUUGUAAAGAAAUCGGAAUUGAGCCUAAUGAAGCGAUUUUUUUGGAUGAUAUUGGCAUGAACCUUCGGUCAGCGAAUAAGGUUGGGAUGAAUACUAUUCAGGUCAAAAUGGGACACUCUAGAGAGGCAGUGAAGCAGCUUGAGGCAUUAACAGGUCUAGAUUUGCACAGCAAACCUGGAUCCAAAAUCUAGGGGAAUAAAGAAGCAUUGUAAACGAUGUAUAUUUUCCUUCCAUCUCUUAGAAUUUCAUCUGAUUCGGAUAAAGAGGGCUAAGUUUUUUUUUUUUUUUUUUUUUGACGUAUUAG